UUCUUAGUUUUGUUUUGAAUUACAAGGCAGUGCUAUUUUGUUCUAUCCGUUUUCACUUCUUGCUUCAGUGUGUGUUUUCCUUCCCCUUUGUAUUGGAUACUUUGCAUUCGCAUUCACAGUGCCAGAUAACCUGAAUGCUAAAAUUAAUCGAGAGAGGGGGAAAACAAGUUUGAGUGGCAGUGAAGGAGAGACUAGCACUGGCUAGUGUGGCAGGAGGUUCGUGGAGGCGCCAACCACCUCCGAUUUGCCUUGGCGGAGUUGAACGGAGGUCGCGGCGGCUGCGUCAAUUACUUUCCCGGCGAUGAAGGAUGCGUGGUUCGGAGCGCCAAGUAGCCUCGGAAGAGAGAAACCCUCGCGCAACGAAGAGGAAGAGUGGCGCCAGCCGUGCCGGCGGCGCGUUGCGGCGGCCUUGGCUGGUCGAUGCAGAGGUGGAGCGGCGGACUUGGUUGGUGCUGUUCUGUGACGAACCGGAGCUGGGGAGGGAUUGGAUGCCGCGGCGACGCCGGUGAGGCUGGCAGUGGUGGACGGCGACGCUGCUGGCGGUUCUGGUUGGAGACCGUGCGGCUGUGAGUCUUGGUGGGGGGUUGGUCUGGUUUGAAGAAGCCUUUGGGUGAAGAAGAAGAUGAUUAAGAGUUGCACGAUUAGUGUACGGAUACGAUUAACGCGACUGAAGUUCGUUUCGUGUACUAUUCAGGCACAGAAACGAUUUGUUUCGGGAAUAGUAUUAAGGCUGUAAUAAAAAAGGGUUGACCAGCUUUAAGAUGGAGCUCACUAUUACACAACCUGAUGAUUGGCAUCUUCACCUUCGUGAUGGUUCUCUUCUUGAAGCUGUUCUCCCUCACAGUGCUAAGAAUUUUGGAAGGGCUAUAGUGAUGCCAAAUUUGAAACCACCCAUCACUACCACAUCUGCCGCUGUCACAUAUCGAGAGUCCAUUUUGAAAGCAAUACCUAGAGAUAGCAACUUCACUCCUCUCAUGACACUUUACCUCACAGACUUGACUACGCCUGAUGAGAUUAAACUUGCAAAAAAAAGUGGACUUGUGUAUGGUGUGAAGUUGUAUCCUGCUGGUGCCACUACGAAUUCCCAAGACGGUGUUACAGAUCUUUUUGGAAAUUGUUUUUCUGUUCUCGAGGAAAUGGUUGAGCAAAAUUUACCAUUAUUGGUUCAUGGAGAGGUUACAAAUUCAGACGUAGAUAUUUUUGACCGAGAAAAGGUAUUUAUUGAAACAAUUUUGAAGCCUUUAGUUCAAAGGCUUCCACAGCUGAAGGUUGUGAUGGAGCAUAUUACUACUGCAGAUGCUGUUAAAUUUGUAGAGUCUUGCAAAGAAGGUUUCGUAGCAGCAACCGUAACACCGCAACAUCUUCUUCUUAAUCGUAAUGCUUUGUUCCAAGGUGGUUUACAGCCUCACAAUUACUGUCUUCCAGUGCUCAAAAGAGAGAUCCACAGACAGGCUAUUGUUUCGGCUGUUACUAGUGGAAGUAAACGAUUUUUCCUUGGAACUGAUAGUGCACCACAUGAUAGGCGGAGAAAGGAAUGUUCAUGUGGAUGUGCUGGGAUAUACAACUCCCUGGUAGCUCUAUCAAUAUAUGCCAAGGUUUUUGAAGAGGCCGGUGCACUUGAUAAGCUGGAGGCUUUUACAAGCUUCAAUGGACCUGACUUCUAUGGCCUCCCUAGAAAUAAGUCAAAGAUUAAACUGAGGAAAGCUCCUUGGAAAGUACCAGAUUAUUUGUCAUUUCCAUUUGGAGACAUUGUUCCCAUGUCUGCUGGUGAAAUCCUUGAAUGGGAGGCAUUGCCUUGUUGACUUGCAUGUCUAUUUCAAAGUUCGGUAUCCUUCAGUAAUCUUGUUCUAGUCUUAUCAGUCAGUUCUGUGUUUAUUUUACAGACUGUUAUCAUUUCCAUUUUCUUGGUCAGGGUCAGGUAAGUUUCACUAUAAAUCAAAGCACUGACUGUGAUUCAUAAAUUAUUGGUUGUUGAACUGGGAAUUUUGGUAAUAUUCAGAACUUUGAUUAGGCAAUUUGGUUGUUCGGAUUUUACAAAUAAACGCUGCUUAAAUUUUCCAGA